AUGAAGGUCCUGAGCAUCGCCUGUGUGGCCGCCGUGGUCGUCGCCGCCCCUCAGAACAGCUAUGAUGCUCCUCGUGUUGCGUCCAAUGAGGAGCGCGAGUUCGUGCCAAUCCUCAAGGACGACCGCGUCCACGAGGAAGAUGAAACUUACAACUUCGACUUUGAAGCUGCCAACGGCAUCAGCUUCUCCCAGGCUGGAUCCCCCGACACUGACGAGGACGCUGUGAUCAAGGCAGGAGAAUACUCGUACACUGCUCCUGAUGGCACUGAAAUCCAUGUCCGCUUCGUGGCUGACGAGAAUGGCUUCCAGCCACGGGUAACCCACCUCCCAGUGGCUCCCGCGUUCCCCCACCCGAUCCCUCACUUGACACAAUCAGAUAGAACGCACCACUGUAUAAUUUCGAGAGACAAGAGUAACGGCAUUCCUCACUCCCAGGCUACAUUCCCAGACAGUGAGGAGGAUUUAUGGUCCAAUAUAAGCGAUUCAAUGCGAUUUUGA